AUGGAAUACACACGCCAAUCGUCCCAGCCAGCAACGGUCGACCUUGUCCGCGCCGACUUGGCGGAAGUGUGGACUGUUUACGACUCCGAAUUCUCGAGCCCGAAGCGACCAGCUUCGGUUUCCGGCAUCUCCGACAUGCUUGAUCUUGAGUUUAUCCCAACGCCUGGGUUCCGCCCCUCGAAAACGGCAAAAAGAGACAAAUUAGCAGAGAUGCUAGUCGAUGUCCUCGAGCUGUCACCGAGCCGGAAAAGGGGGCGAUACGAUGGCCGCAGGAAAGACAGCGCCAACAGGUCAUCAAAUGAAGCACCUAAUCCUGCAGACGCCCAGACCGCGACCAAGGCACAAAGGGAAAACGGGGACGCGUUCGAAUUGAGUGACUCAACUGACGCGGCGGAGGCGUCCAGACCCAAGAAACGGCCGGCGAAGCAACCAUCCUCUGCAAAACCUCGUGCGUCCACAGCACGCAAACCUUGUGCUGCUGGAAAAGCGACCGACCCGUCCAUCAGCCAGAAGGGCAAGCCCUCACGUGUUCCAAAGAAACCGCUCAGCCGUGAUAUGGCUGAGGAACUUGAUGUUAAGGCUGACCUGCUGCAAGGCGGCAGCGAUCCGAACCAGCAAGGGAACAGAGUCAUGCCGAGAAUGACCCAAUGGAACUCGCAUGAAGAGUCAGAAUCUGGCCGUUCAACAUCAAGUCUCGUUAAUACGAUGACUGCAGAAGUUUUCACUUUUUCGAAUUCCCCAGAAGCUUCGUCGAGUCUCUUGAAAGAGGAUGAACCAGUUCCUUCGGCUAUUCCUCAGCCCUUAGACGUUGUCAAUGUGUCCAGCACAAGCGGGGAGGAAGGGGAUGCCCCCGAAAAAUCAGCCUCACCGCUGUUCAUUUCAGAAGAUCAAGUAGACACGGUCACAACGGGUAACCUCGAUAUCUUGGUAACCGUCAAGCAGGGGACUGAUGAUGAUCAAAGGGGUCCACGCCGGGGUCCUGGGACCAAAACACGCCUUAACCUCACUACUCCAGCUCCGUCUCAAACACAACCCCAAGUCAACGAAAUAGGAGUUCACCAACAGCGUGGGAUUAGCGACAAACUCCCAUCCGGCCUUAGGGAUGCUUUCUUCUCCGAUGAGAAACCAGCAGCCGUGCCUUCUCCGCUUCCAGAGCCGGGAUCUUGGCCAGAAACGGAUGGGGAGAACAUAAAUCCUGAGGACAUCUGGAAGCAGACGGUCGGAGAUGACAAGCCGCCUGAGGUUCUGUGCAGAGUCGUCACUCUGUUGCAUCGUUCUCUGAAGCCCAAAGAGGAGAUAAUCCGAGACAUUGCUUCCGACUACGAAAGCAAUGCUUCACGUUUGCUUCAUAAUCUAAAUGCUCGUCAUUUGGAGGAGAAAGCUGAAACGUUGGCGGCACUCCGGAAGGCAUUACGAGCGGUAUUUUCAGUCUUCUCUGGCGCAGGGCUAGAUAUGGCAAACCACAUUGAGAACCUGCGAGAGUUGGAGAUCGCUCAUGCGGCGGACACACUCAGACGACCGGCCCUUGCCGAAAAGCUUGACGCAGUCACCCGACUGUGUCAGACGAUGUUGAACAGCUACUGUCAGGAGGGGCCGCUCCAUUCAUCCAUUACGGAUGACGGCGCAAGCGGCAAAGACGAGGGCCUGGAUAAUCUUGAGGAAGCCUACCGAGCCAAGCUGCUAGGAGCAGUCCAGCGAUCGAAUUCCCAGGCGCUCGAGAGCCACGACGAGGUGAGCUCGCAGGUUCAUGAGUACAUUACGCGGUGUCUCGGAGGAGAAUCAAAAAAGACACACCAGGUUGUAGCUAAGAAACCCGGUGGACCUGCCAGGACUGCUGAUGAAGCUUUGGAGGUCCUCUUGAACAGAAUGAUUGGCAGGAUGCAACAAAAUGGCACUGGGUGCGGGCCCCUUGGGAACAAUUCAGGCACCGUGGUUGAUAUCGCCUCGGAGACGCUGGGCAAUUCUUGAGCCUGGGCUUUAGAACCCGGUUCGACUUUGCUAUGACGGAAAAGGAAACCUGAUUGCUGGGAUGUUGAUGGAGGACGACUACAAGAGUUGAUAUAACUUGCACCAGGCGGACCUGAUGUUGAAAGAACCAUCGUGGUAUUUGCUGAGAACACGCUUCGUCUGGAAGGGGACAGUUAAGACCGGCGGAAGAGCGACACUACGGUUGAGCUACGCCCAGAGCGCUACAUGGAUUCAUUGCUUCAGCACCAAGCCAUGUAGCAUUUGUUUUUCGGUGUAUCAGACCUAAAUAUGAGGCUAAGGGAACUUACUCGAUAUAUGUCAACGAG